GAAAUCUAAAAAACUCAAGCUGACAUUUUUCAUUCCUACAGUGCAACUUGUACUACAGGACAGCUAAUAUCAUGAAGCUGCAGGUGUCUCUCUUUCUUGUCCUGCUUCCUCUAUGGGACAGCGUAUCGCCUCUUGUGCUUCCUCUAGAUUGCAGCGACAUCUAUAACUAUGAUAGCAGCCAAGCUAGUGGAGUUUACACUAUCUAUCCUAUUGAGUUCAGUUCGGCUGUUGAGGUGUUCUGUGACAUGGAUCGUUUGGGAGGACGUUGGACAGUGUUCCAGAGGAGGAUGGAUGGUUCAGUGAACUUCUACAGGCCCUGGGAUCAAUACAAGACAGGUUUUGGAAAUGCUGCUGGAGAGUACUGGCUUGGUCUUGAAAAUCUCUACCAGCUCAGUCUCAGAAAAAGGUAUGAACUGCUGGUUGACAUGGAGGACUUUGAAGGAAAUCAAGUUCAUGCUCGUUACUCCUCUUUCUCUGUUGGGUCAGAAUCUGCGGGAUAUACUCUGCAAGUAUCGGGAUUCAGUGAUGGUGGGGCAGGAGACUCUCUAAGUUUUCACAAUGGACAGAAGUUUAGUACCUUUGACAAAGAUCAGGACACUUUUACUGGAAAUUGUGCCAAGCUCUACUUGGGGGCUUACUGGUACGGAACUUGUCAUAAGAACAACCCUAACGGGGUUUAUCGCUGGGGGGCAGCGAUAAACCCAAUACAGGAAAUCAUGGCUCUCAAUUGGAUGGAAGCUUAA